ACAGAAUAUUCAGAAUAUUUCAUUGUACCUACGCUACUGGAAACAUUUUGUGUGAAAUAUUUCUGAAAAGAAGAAAAAUCAAAUUAUAAAUCUUGUUAAAUUUAAUAAUAAUAAUAAAUCAACGCUUUAAAGCAUUUCAACAUUUAUUCGAGUAUUAUAAUGCAACACGAAAGUAAUAACGUGUCAGAGUCAACCACAAUUUGCAGCGAGAAACUUAAUGGUCAACAUAACAAUGGAACAAGCGAGGAAGAUGAGCAUGAUGAAGAACAAUAUCUGAAUUUAAUUCGCAAAAUAAUAAAGAAAGGUGUAACACGAGAUGACCGCACUGGUGUUGGCACUAAGAGUAUUUUUGGAACACAAAUGCGUUUCAAUCUUCGUGAUCAAUUUCCUUUGUUGACAACUAAGCGAGUAUUUUGGAGAGCUGUAGCUGAGGAGCUUCUCUGGUUCAUUCAAGGAUCCACCGACGCUAAAUUACUGCAAGAGAAAAACAUUCGAAUCUGGGAUGGAAACAGCACAAGAGAAUUUCUCGACGCUUCUGGAUUUCCACAUCGUCAGGUUGGUGAUUUGGGACCAGUUUAUGGCUUUCAGUGGCGUCAUUUUGGUGCUGAAUAUGGCACAUGCAAUGAUGAUUACACUGGUAAAGGAAUCGACCAACUGAAGGAAGUUAUCGAACGAAUUAAAAGAAAUCCCACUGACCGUCGCAUUAUCAUGACAGCUUGGAAUCCAAUUCAGAUUCCCGACAUGGCAUUGCCACCUUGUCAUUGCUUGGUGCAAUUUUAUGUCGCUGAUGGUGAGCUUAGUUGUCAAUUGUACCAACGUUCAGCUGACAUGGGUCUUGGUGUUCCUUUCAACAUUGCUUCUUAUGCUUUACUCACUUACAUGAUUGCUCAUGUCACGAAUCUUAAAAUUGGCGAUUUUAUUCAUACACUCGGCGAUGCGCAUGUUUACUUGAAUCAUAUUGAGCCAUUGAAAGCACAAAUUGAACGUGUGCCACGUCCAUUUCCUCAAUUAAAGAUUAAACGUCAAGUUGAAAAUAUUGACGACUUCAAAUUUGAGGAUUUCGAAAUUAUUGGCUACGAUCCUUACCCAACCAUCAAAAUGGAAAUGGCGGUUUAACAUAAAAUCAUCUUUAUUAUUAAUCUCGUAUUCCUUUCAUGUAUUCUUGAAGAAAUAAAGUUUUACGAUGAGAAAAUCU